AUGCUAGAGAAUAAUGGCGUAGACACGUCCAACAUAAGGAGCAAUGAAAAUUUUGCGCUGGAACUGCUACAGAUGCAAUUACUUAAAAUUGAGCACGCGGUCUUGGAAAGUGAUACUGAGAGGGUAGUUGAAGAGCAGCAGACUCUCAAGGCAGACGACGAAGUCUUUACAGUGUUGGAAAUGGCGCAACUCAUCUCAGAGGGAAAAUAUGGAGAUGUAAUUCGCCUUCCACAGACUCAAAUUCUUUUGCACACCGUACUUCAAUUACGCCAUGAGGAGGAGGAAUCUGACGCUGAGGAAACUCAUAUUUGUGGUAGCAUCGCGUCGGCUUUGCAAAAUUACUUGCUUAAUCAUUGCAAUAGUGUCAUAAGCCGCCUCGUGACUACCUACAAAAUCUUAUUUGCUGGCAUUGCAUUUCUUAAUAUGUAUGUACAGGCAAACUAUACAGGACCGGCAUUUGAGGAGGAAAAGCUGUGUGACGUGCUCGAUCUGACCUCACGCUUAGUUACUAACUCGACCAAAAGCGCCGAUAAAAAAUCGCAUAUCGAUACUCUUGUGGCGCUACAGGUUGAUGGCGAGUGUCCAUUUUCCAUCUGCGAUUACCCGCAAUUUUUGUUAGCUGCUCGUUGCCUACUAAAUUUUAUAGGCAACUAUGCGUACAACGACUGGUCUGUAGCAGCUAGCGAAGUCGUAAGUGGCCAGAACGACAAUGAGGUUUCUGACGACGUUGUUGAAGGACCAGCUAAACGCCUUAUGACUGGUGGGGCCGCCAUUCUCGCGCUUGGCGACAUGCUGCAAGGUAUUAAGACAGCCGCGUGGUGGAACGCGCGUGCGUCUGUGGCACACGAACGGCUGUUGCUAACCAAGCAGCCAUCAAAUACUUUAUGGUUUGAAGCUCGCCGUGGAUACAUUCAAACUCUCAAGACGCAUGAAAUUUUUGCUUUUGAAAAAGGGACUAACUACUUGCUCGCUCGAGCAUACGUGGAAUGGGGUCUUACUCAACACUAUUUUGACAAAAACAAGCAUGGCAAGUCGACAUUUGCUCGCGCGAAAGAGAUUGCCGGUGUGAGAGUGGAGCUAAGCGGUUCGAUGGGUAGGCGCACCAAGUUUCAACAGAAAAGUGUGGCUCAAUUGAUGCUGCUUGCAGCGUCGAAAAAAGAGCCUGCGAAUGAAGAUGGAGACGGUUCCAUCUACGCCACAGCUGUGGCCGAGUCGAUACAUGCGGACUUUGGUGGUAAACAGGUAACGACAGAAGAUGGAGAUAGAAUCGAUGCAGUUUCUUCCGCUGCCCUGCCUGCAGAUAGCCUAACACCUGAACAUGAGCACAUACAAAGACUUGUUGACGAGGGUGAGGCUUCUUAUCGAAACGUAAAGUUGGACCAAGUGGAUCAAGAUAACUAUCUUUUGGAAACAAUCGCUUAUGAGGAUCGAAAGCUCACGCAACAGGGCAAUUUACAAAUUGUAGACCAAAUUGUGCUACUGGGGAUGUGUCUAGACGUCAAGAAUAGCAAUGCGAACGAUGGUCUUACUCGUGAGGAAAUGAUGCCCUAUGUCAUGCGCGUGCUUGAAAACCCCAAUAAUUGGAUGGUCUACUCUACGGCACUAUUGGAACGGGCGUGGCUUGAAUGUGAAAGCUCCAAGCGCCGUGAGCGUGCUGUCUUGCAGAUGCAGGCCUUAGUCGAUCAGCACACCACACGUCUCACCAUUACGCAGAAUACUCUCCAGUCGAUCGCUGACUCAGCGCCAGCUCGGGAGCGCAUGCAAUUUGUGUAUUCACUGGUCUUUCCUCCGCGAUAUGCACUCAAGCGCGACUUGGCUGAGCGCUACUUUAAGCUUGGUGUUCUCGGUAGUGCUGUUGAAAUCUGCGAAGAAUUGGAGAUGUGGGAUGACGUUAUCAAGUGUUAUCAACUUCUGGACAAACCCAUGCACGCUGAAAAAUUGGUACGCGAGCGCUUAGCGAUUGCCCCUUCACCAUUUAUGUGGGUCACACUUGGCGACCUUACUCAGGAACCGGCACACUAUGAGACGUCCUGGGAACUAUCAAAAAAGCGGUUUGCUCGCGCUAAGCGAUCACUUGGACGCUACUUUUUUGAGAGAAGGGAUAAUGAGACGGCAAUUCUCCAUUACCUGGAUGCUGUGCGUGUAGGUCCUAUGCACACAGGCGCCUGGUUUACUUUAGGCGCGAUUGCGAUGCGCAUUCACCGUUGGGCACUUGCGAUGCGGGCAUUCACCCGCGUUGUGCAGCUUGAGCCAGACAAUGGUGAGGCCUGGGGCAAUUUAGGCUCCAUACACAUGCAUAAUCAAAGGUAUGCUGAGGCCUUUGCAGUCUUGGAAGAAGGUUUAAAACAAAAGCGUCAUAUGUGGCAAAUGUGGGAAAACUAUGCACUGUGUGCAAUGGAGACCACGCGCUACGGUGAGGCUAUGUAUGCCAUGCAUCAGCUGCUGGAUCUGCGUGCUAAGCACAAACGUCCUGUCGAUAGCGAAUUGUUAGCGUGGCUUGUGGAGGCAAUCGUGUAUCCGAAGUCAUUAAAGCAGAUGCAGCAAGAGACUGAUGUUGAUAAAGCUAAUGUCAUCCAAAAUGCUGUUUCUGACGAUAAAGUUGACUUCAUAGUGGCGGAUGAAGACUUGUCAGAGCUCAACGAAGUAGAAGCAGUCACCGACACGACACCCCCACGGUCCGACUCGCACUAUAAACAGCAAUUGGCAACGCUUUUCGGUCGUGUGACGUCUAUUGUUACAAAUGACCCCAAGGUAUGGCAACUGUAUGCUCACUUCAACAGCGGUAUUGAAGGUCGUGCCGAUAAGGCUCGUGAAUGCCGUUUAAAGCAGUGCCGCGCGCUGCAAGUCGCAGGAUGGGAGCGUGAGCGGCAUAAAGUUGAGAAUCUCUGUGGAGCUGCUACUCGACUGGCCGAGGAUUACUUAGCAGAAGGCACAAAGAAAGCUCUGUAUUCAUGUCGCCUUUACAUUCGUGGCAUACUUAAAAAGGCGCAAAUGGAUUUUGCUGACCUUGAGGCCGUGAAGACUCUUGCAGAUGCGCUGGAAGAGGUUUAUGCACGAGAAGCACAAAUUCUAGAGUAA